AUGAUCUUCUGCCCCUACUGCGCGAACCAGCUCGGACUGGUCGAAGGGACGUCGGGGAACAAGUUUGGGUGCCAGACGUGUCCGUAUGAGUAUCCUUUGAAUAAGCGGUACAUGGAGCGCACGUACCUGAAACGAAAGGCGGUGGACGACGUCCUCGGCGGCGAGGACAGCUGGAAGAAUGUCGACUCGACUGCUGUCGACUGCCCGAAAGAAUGCGGCUCCGACCGCGCAUUCUUCAUGCAGAUCCAGAUCCGGUCUGCCGACGAGCCGAGCACGACAUUCUACAAGUGCUGCAACAUGUCGUGCAACCACCAGUGGCGCGAGAACUAG